GGUACUUUCUGUCAUUCUCAGUCUGCAAUGGCGUGCAUACAAUCGUGUACGAAUCGCGUCGGUUGGCCGAAAACUGAAAUUAAAACAGAAAUGUCUUCCAUGAAAUUUAAUCAGGGUUCCUUGACGUUGCAUCGCACUAUCAAUCUGUACCCACUGUCAAACUACACAUUUGGAACAAAAGAUCCUUUAUUUGAACGAGAUCCCUCAGUACCUGCAAGGUUCCAGCGCAUGAGGGAAGAAUUUGAUAAAGUUGGAAUGAGACGAAGUGUAGAGGGCAUCUUACUUGUGCACGAGCAUGGCCUACCACAUGUUUUAUUAUUACAAUUGGGGACCACCUUCUUUAAACUGCCAGGAGGAGAACUAAAUCCCGGAGAAGAUGAUAUUGAAGGACUUAAAAGACUACUCACAGAGAUUCUAGGCAGACAAGAUGGUGUGGUUCAAGAUUGGCUUAUCGAAGAUUCAGUUGGCAACUGGUGGCGACCAAAUUUUGAACCACCACAGUACCCAUACAUACCCCCUCAUAUAACUAAACCAAAGGAGCACAAAAAACUUUUCUUAGUACAACUACAAGAGAAAGCUCUCUUUGCUGUACCUAAAAAUUACAAAUUGGUUGCCGCACCCCUGUUUGAAUUAUACGACAAUUCUCAAGGCUACGGCCCUAUAAUAUCUUCUCUUCCACAAACAAUGAGCAGGUUUGAUUUCAUUUACAUGUAAGGAACGAGUCACAAUUCGAGAUUCCGACACAGUCCAAAGGCGGAGGUUCUGCAAAACGGUCUCAAAAUGUUCGUGUUUUUAUUUGUUGCAGUGACUUUGACGCUUAUCUAAAUCUGAGUAUCAGAAAGAAGGUUCAUUAAAUUCAAAAAAAUCA